AUGGAAUUGCACCAACUUUCUCGCCCGACGACGCCAGGCCUCUUCGUGACCGGCACGGGGACGGAGAUCGGCAAGACGGUCGUGAGCUGCCUGAUCGCCGAUCAGAUCCGGCGUUUUGCGCGCCCGGGGGAACGCGUGGGCGUGCUCAAGCCCGUCGCGAGCGGGUGCCGCAAGGAGCGGGGGCAACUGAUCGCGGAGGACGCGGAGCAGCUCGCGCACGCGGCCGAUCUGGAUGCCGCGAUCGGGGGGUUGGACCUCGUGACGCCCAUCCGCUUCAAACCCGCGGUCGCGCCGGCGAUGGCGCUGGAAAUGGAAGGGAAAGAGGCGCUCGACUGGACGCCGGUGGACCUGGCGAUCAAGCGGCUCGACGAGACGUGCGACUUCGUGGUGGCGGAGGGCGUGGGCGGGGUGAUGGUGCCGAUGGAGAAGAAACCUGGGGGGACCAUGAAGGGCGUGGUGACGUGCCUGGACAUGAUGAAGGCGCUGGGGUGGCCCGUGGUGAUCGUCGCGGACGCGCGCCUCGGCACGCUCAACCACACGGCGCUGACGGUGCAGGCGGUGCGCGGGGCGGGGCUGAAGAUCGUCGGCGUGGUGCUCAACCGGUACGACCCGCGGAGCGACGACGAGUCCGUACGGCGCAACGGGGAGUGGAUCCGGACGAUGUGCCGGGUGAAGAUCCUGGGGUUGAUCCCGGAGAGCGAGAAGGCGUGGGACGUGCGUGCGAUCGAUCCGGUGUUGCGGGACGCGGCGGAUGUGUUUGUGUAUUCGAAGGCGGUGUAUCUACACAACGUGGGCGACGACACCAGACACAGAUCGAAACGAAUCAGACUGAUCCUGCGGAUUUUGCUCGGAUUCGUCGCCAUCGUUGCAGGGCUCGCGGGGUGGUACGUGUGGGAAGUCAGUACCUACGCAUCCCGCACGUUUCGUGCGCACGCAGCGGGGUUUGUUGAACGUCUCGAUCGCUCCGAGUCCGGCUUGUACCUCCUGCGAUUCGACGGCGACUGGGACGAGAUCAGGGGGACGCCGGUCAAAGCCUCGGACGAGUUUGUGAGGGACUUCUACAGGAGCGUUUCGAAAGCGAGGAACGCACUGUGCUGCGAAUCGACCGAUGUUCGCUCGGGGUUUUACCUCACGCUGGACCCCGAGAGCACGACCGCAAGACACAGCGUUGUGCUGCUGGAUGACGGGAGGCUGCAUAUCGCGAAGGAAUCAGCUGAUUUUCUUGGCGAGGUUCCGGUGUACUCGGCGGGUGACGCUGCGAGGGCCGGGGCGGAGUAG